AUGGCCGGCCCCCAGCCCUCCUACACCAAGAUAACGCACACCACCACCCACGCCUCCAUCACACCAACCCUCCCCGCGCUCUCCACCGCCGGCCGCGUCGUCCUCAUCACCGGCGCCACAGGCGGCAUCGGCCGGGCCACAGCCCUCUCCUUCGCCGCCUCCGGCCCCAAAGCCCUCAUUCUCCUCGGCCGCCGCGAGGCCGCCCUGCACCAGACCGCCGACCUCGUCCGUGAGCGCCACACCACCGCCACCGUCGGCACGCAUGUUGUCGACCUGCUCGAGAGCGAUAAGCUCCGCCAGAUAUUUGCCGAUGUCGCGGCUGCCCAUGGGGGCGUCGAUGUCGUGAUCCACGCGGCGGGGGUGUUGGCGCCUGUGGUGCCGCUUGUUGAUGCGGACCCGGUGACUUUCCUGGACGGGUACAAGACGACUGUUGUUGGGACGCUGACGCUGGCGCAGGCGCUGGUAAAGGCUAAUGGUGGGAAGGAGGCUACGUUGGUUAAUUUGACGACUGCUGGGAUCAUGUUCCCGCCGUUUCCUGGUAUGGGCGCCUAUGUUAGCUCCAAGACGGCUGCUGUCAAGUUGCUGCAGGCGUUUGGGGCCGAGAACCCGCAUGUGCGCAUUCACCAUGUGCACCCGGGUUUUCUGGACACUGCUAUGUCGACGCAGCUGGCCAAGACUACUAAGUUGCCGUUUGCCUUUGAUGAUAUCUCCCUCCCCGCGGACUUCCUCGUCUGGGUCGCCUCGCCCGAGGCCAAAUUCCUCAACGGCAAGCUUGUCUUUGCCGCCUGGGAUGUGGAUGAGCUCAAGAGCCGCGCGAAGGAGAUUGUCGGUAACUCGCCCUUCACCGGCGAGCUGUGGCUCAGCUUCUCGGGCUUCCCCCGGUACGUCGGCGGCCACGCUCUGCUUGGACAGUAA